CUAAUUACCAAAUUCAAAUAAAGAAAAAAAUGAAGGCAACGACAGCGAAUUGCUUAUAGAGACAGAUUUCUACUUGAAUAAUAAGAACAAAAUAAUUGAAGGUGAUGUUAUUAUUUUUUAUGAUUAAUUAGUUGGAUGGAAGGGAAUCAACAUAAAACUUAAAUGAUUAGGAGCAAUUAGUUAAUUCCAUUAAUCCUUCCAAUGAAACUUGAAGCUUCUAUGGAUGAAUUUAAUAGUCAUCAUAACACACCACAUGUUUUCAUAAGGUUUUUGAAACUAUAAAUAAUAUUCCCUUUGGAUUUCAAUUAUUGAUGUUCUAGUUUUUUUGUUUAUGUAUUUAAAAUGGAUAUUUAAAAUUUUAAUUGAUGAAUUUUACUCUAAAAUCUAAUAUAUACGAAUGACAAAAGUUUCUUAAUAUCUGUACAUAAAUAUUUUAAAUAUAAAUAAUUAAGCUUAUUUAUUAAACACAUUUACUCAAAACAUUGUAGUAUGUGGGCUGUCAAGGCAUAUAAUAAAAACUCUGGGUCCAUACUGGAAAAUACACAUUAUCCCGGGGUCUAUAAGCGAAUUAUAAAAUAACUGAUUUUAAAAAAAGACUUCAACGCGGCAACACUUUCCAUCUCGACCGAGUCAGAAAGAACGAUCGAGACGAAAAAAAAAGAAGAAGAAAGAUGGGUCAAGCAGAAGAAGAUAAAAGCAAAGGAUUUGCUGAGGAAGAAGUUAACCAGCAUCAUCAUCAUCAUCAAUACGGUACGUUUCAAGGUGUUUCCAAUUAUCCUCAACCUUCACCGCCUCCUGGAGUUUACGAUUCCUCCGCUCCUCAUUACGUCCAUGGUUAUCAUUCUGUUCCAGGUAGCUUCUCUUUGCUGAAUUUGAUUAGUGAAGGAAGACCUGUGACUGUGAGACAACGCCGCCUUUCUUGCUGUGGAAUUGGUCUUGGAUGGUUCUUGUUCAUAGUUGGUUUUUUCCUUGGAGGGAUCCCUUGGUAUGUCGGAAUGGGCAUCAUGAUAGUUGGAAGGAGGGUUGACCACAGGGAGAAACCAGGUUACAUUGCUUGCACCAUUGCUGCUAUUCUUGCCACGAUCGCUGUUAUUCUUGGUGUAUCUAAAGGAGCAGAAGAUUGAUGAUCAUUCGUUUAUAUCUAUGGUUGAUUCAGAACGUUUGUAUAGAUGCCGAUAAACAUUGUGUUCUGUAUUUUUAUUAUCUUCGUACUUCUUGUAUGAACUCCUUCGAAACAUAGAGAAAAAUGAUGUAAACUUAUAAAAGUUAUUUGCCAACCAAGUGUGAUAGCAAUACAACAGAACCUUACAUUAAUUAAAAAGUGUAAAGCCUAA